GGAAUGCGAGUGGAGACGAAAGCCGCCGCGGAUGAACUGAACGAACUGCCACGCUACUCCAAACCCCCCUCCGGCGCGGGCUUGCUUCGCCUUGAUCGGAGGGUUCGGGAGGGCGGAAGAAAUGGCGGCGGCGGCUGGAGAGGGAGUUGGUGGGGAGGGCGAGGAGCUCCUGCUCCGCUCCGUCGAAGCAGGGGACGGCUUGUGCGUGGGGGAUCGGCCCUGGCGUCUCAACUUCGACGGAUUCCGGCGUCAGGAGGCGCAGCAGGAGAACCCGCCGCGCGGCCGCCUCCAUGACUGUCUCGGCGUUUUAGCUCAAGGCCCUGGAGAUGUUAUUGCUGAAUACUACCAACAACAAUUGGAAAUGUUAGAAGGUUUCAAUGAAAUGGACACACUAACUGACCGUGGUUGCCUGCCUGGAUUGUCCAAGGAAGAACGCGAGAAAGUUGCCCGGAGUGAGACAUUAGCCAUCCGAUUGUCUAACAUAGCAAACAUGGUUCUUUUUGCUGCAAAAGUUUAUGCCUCAAUAAGGAGUGGCUCCCUAGCUAUUAUCGCUUCAACGUUGGAUUCUCUGCUUGACUUGUUAUCGGGAUUUAUCUUGUGGUUUACUGCCUUUUCAAUGCAAACACCAAACCCAUACAGGUACCCUAUUGGUAAAAGGCGCAUGCAACCUUUGGGAAUACUUGUUUUUGCUUCUGUUAUGGCAACACUCGGUCUUCAAAUUAUUCUAGAAUCAACACGCUCAUUGCUAUCUGAUGGAACUGAAUUUCGCUUGACAAAAGAGCAGGAGAUGUGGGUUGUGGAUAUUAUGCUCUCAGUGACACUGGUGAAACUUCUGUUGGUUAUAUAUUGUCGCUCAUUUACGAAUGAGAUUGUGAAGGCAUAUGCACAGGAUCACUUUUUUGAUGUUAUCACCAAUAUUAUUGGGCUCGUGGCCGCACUUCUUGCUAAUUAUGUUGAAGGCUGGAUUGACCCAGUUGGUGCUAUCAUUCUAGCCAUCUAUACAAUCAGGACAUGGUCCAUGACGGUACUAGAAAAUGUCCACUCCCUGGUUGGCCAAUCAGCCUCACCGGAAUUCCUUCAGAAGCUGACCUACCUAUGCUGGAACCAUCACGAGGCAGUCAGGCACAUCGACACGGUGCGGGCAUACACGUUUGGCUCCCAUUACUUUGUCGAGGUGGAUAUUGUUCUGCCACGCGACAUGCCCUUGCGAGACGCUCACGACAUCGGCGAGGCCCUGCAGGAGAAGCUGGAGAGCCUGCCCGAGAUCGAGCGGGCCUUUGUCCACCUCGACUACGAGUUUACCCACCAGCCCGAACAUGCUCGAUCCUACGACACAUAGCAGCCUGAAACCCCGGUUGCAGAUCACAGAUCACAGUUUCAGAAAUCUGGAAGUCGAACCUUGUUGCCUUUGUAGAUUGUCCGUGGCAUGGCGUGAUUCGGCUUGUGCAGUUUUCUUAUUUGCCUGCUGUGCUCUAGUUGCUCUAUAGUAUAUAUGAAUCAAUCAUAAUGUUUCUGUGUAUAGUUUCCUUGUCACGACUGAUCAGUCAUGAGGUCGACAUGUACAACAAAGCAUGCUGCCUGCGUUACAAUACCAUUAAUGCACAGGCUGAUUUAGUCCUGUAGCCGGAACGGGCGGGACCAGAGGCGUGUCGCCCUCACAAAGAAUC